AUGUCAUUUCAGGUGAGUAAUAGCAAUAAUAUGGAAAACGCCAAAUAUGCCAUCACAUGUGGUCGAAAAAUUGGAGCCAAAAUAUACGCGUUACCUGAGGAUAUCGUUGAAGUAAAACCAAAAAUGGUGAUGACAGUAUUUGCAUGUCUGAUGGCCCGGGACUAUAUGCCUGAUAUGAGGGAAUCAGUUCCAGAACCUACUUAUCCCAUGUCGUAG